GAGGUUGUUUGAUAUUCGUUGGUUAACUGUGUUUUUGCGUUGGCGGUGUUUUCUGCAAGUGGAUUUUUUAUAAAUCAGAAAAGCAAAGAAUUUAUUGCGUGCAAGUUGCGAAAAUUACAAUACUCCUUUGAGUAAUUGCUUCUUUUUAUUACACACAUUCGCUGUAAUAAUAAAUGAAAUGCAUUUUGUAUGAAUUCGCAAAUAGCAGAAAAUAAACUUGUAUACAAAUUUACAAGUUUAUGGUUGAAUGAAAAUGUGCGCGAUUUUGUUGUAAUUGUAAAAUGUAAUGAAAACAAAAAUUAGUGAAUUAUUACGAGUUCUACGUUGGCCGUGCAGCAGCAGUCGGUGGUUGGUAUACGGCGGUGUACAAGCGAGCAGCGUAUGCAAUUGCAGUCGACGUCGAUUGCGUUACACCAGCUGAAAUUAUUGUUUGUUAAAUAUACUUCGUAAAAACAAAAUGAGCGUGUGUGCUACUUCUCACUGAAAAAAUUCAAAGAGGAAAUCUUGCAAAAAAUGUACAUAAAUGCGUAUGUACAUAUUUAUGUGCAAGUAAUUUCAGGUGUGAAAUAUAUCUGCAUGUUUGAUUCAAAAUAUACGACAUAGUAAUAAAUUGUUAAUAAGUGUGUGGCUGAAUCAAAAUUAAUGUGCUAGUAUAUAUAGCGAAAAAAAGAUAACUAAUGGAAUUUUUAACUUUAUUGCGAAGUUGAUAGAUUAGUGUGCAAAUAUUCCCUCGGGAUUGAGCCAACACGAAAUUCUGCCUACACAGCAGCAACAACAAUAAGAAAACACACAAUCCAAGCAGAAGCAAAAUAAGUCCUGAAUAGGUGUUGUUAGGUGGUAGUGGUGGUGAAAUCUACGCGCAGCGCUGUAGUGAAGCAAAAAAAAAAAAUACAAGAAGUGCGCUAGCAGCGUGCAGUCAACGUGCGGCGAAAAAGCAAAAAUAAAAAAGUAGUUGAAGGUUAUUUAAAAUAUUCUGCUUUUAUUGCUGUAUACAUCCCUUCCCCUUCCGAUACUGCGCAGGUGAACAUAUCUAAACAAAAAAACAAGUAUUGAGAACAGUGGAAAGCAAAGAAGUGAAGAACCAGAGCGACCGAUACGUACAUGUGUCCAACAAUCGUAUACAAAUGUAUAGUUGUUUGUUCUUUAUUUCAUAUUUCAUUGUGCCCACUCAAUGCAGUGUAAACAAAAAAUCAAGUGUCAUCCGCCAAGCGCCUAGUUUUGUACGAAACAACAACAAUAACAAAGUGUUAUAGUAGCAAAAGCAAAUCAGUGCCACUUUAACUGGUCAGGCAUGUGUGCAAGUGAGUGCGCUAUAGUGUGCAUUAAAAAGUGGAAAGUAACGUUGCGUAUUGUGUGUUUUUAGCAGAGAGUGAGUGAGUGAUUCCAAUAAGAAAUAACGACAGUAUUUGCACAGCAGACGCACAAGCAAGCAUUUAUGUAGUGAAUUAACAAAAAUUUCGGCAAUAUAUUACCAAUUAGUGUGCAGUGAUAUUCCCAUAAAAUAAAUAACGCAAUUUUUAUAAAGAAAAUAAUUAAACAAAUUGUAAUUACAAACAAUCUAACGCACACUAGUGUAUGUUAGAAGAGCACAAAACGUCGCAGCAGCAGCAGCGAACCCACGUAUGUGCCAGUGAGAGCAAAAGAGAGAGCGUGUGAACGAAACAAUACUGGCUGCAGCGUAGGCAGUUGUAGAGAGCAAACGAGAGCAGCGUGUACGCUGCAGCGUUGUGUGUAGCGUGUGUAAAGCAGAGAAGUACGUAGCAAAGCGUUGGACGAUUGGAAAAAAUGUAAAGCGAAGCAUUGCAAAUGUCAAUAAACUCUACAAAGGUAAAAAUUCAUCCAACAUGGGACUACAUCAACGACAUCUAUCGAACUUUUACAAAUUGCAGCAGCACACCUUGAAACAAGAAAAGAUUUUAUAGAGAAGCAUAGGCACAUAACUAUCUUCAAAAAAAAAAAAAACAAAGAAUAACGGAAUAGCGCACAAGCUCGAUUUAUUUCUUUCACAAAAAGCACACACAAUUUUUAAUCAUAAGUAAUAAUGUCCUCCACAAAGGCAGAGAGCGCCGCUGGCGCCAAUCCCGCCGUGACUGCCUUUGGCUCAACGCUGGCCGGGAGUGCAUUCCAGCUGCCCGUGAAUAUGCAUGCACAGCUUGCCGCGAAUGGCAGCAAUGGACACAGUACGAAUGGCACAACUACAACCACCACAACAACAACAACGCGAAACAAUAUAUCCGUGACGAAUAUCAAAUGCGAAAUGGAUGAGGGAGUUGUGGGAACACUAAUGCCCAACGGCAACAAUAUAGUGCCUGUCAUCGCCACAACGGGCGCUGCUAGCUAUUAUAACGGUGCUAGCGGUGGAGGAGGCGGCGGCAGUGGCGUGGGUAUACGCAUACCAGUGACGAAAGCAGAAGAUUCUGACUCCGAAGCUGAGUUGACGAAUAUUGAAAAUUUAAAAGUGACGCGACGUGCGCACAACAAUGCGGACAGCAGCAGUGGCACAAUGGGCGCGGGUGGUGCGGUCAGUAUUGGCGGCGGUGGCAGCGCUAAUAACGGAAAUCACAAUAAGAAUGGGCCGCGACCCAUGUCAUGGGAGGGUGAACUCUCCGAAACGGAGACGACUGAAACGGAGCUAAUGGAGACGGAGAACUCGUUGAGUAACAGUGGUGUGGCGACACAUAAUUUCAAUGCAACAAGCAUAGGUGUAGCGGUGAUUAAGAGCGAGGCGACGACAACAACGCCAGGACACACAUUAGCGCCGACGCCUACGCAUCCCAUAAAACCCGAGCAAAUGGAACAGAUUUCCGUGGAAGUGCAUGGUGGCGCUUUAGCUGGACUGGGUACCACCAUGCGCAGCGGUUUGGGCAGCAGCAGUAGCGCGGGUAGCCUUUAUUCCGCCACGCAUACAAAGUUGGCGCCCACACAAAGUGAUCCCAUCAAUUUGAAGUAUGAACCCGAUGCGGCGGCUGCUGCUGCAGGUUUAAUGCCUACUGGAGCUAAUGUCAAUUCGCCGCUUUUGACGCGCAACAAGUCUGCCACAUUGCCACUGCCUGCCAAUCCCAGCCCCGAUUCUGCCAUACAUUCCGUCUAUACGCACAGUUCACCGUCCCAGUCGCCGUUGACAUCGCGUCAUGCGCCAUACACGCCUUCGCUGAGUCGCAACAAUAGCGAUGCAUCGCAUAGCUCAUGCUACUCCUACAGCUCGGAGUUCAGCCCGACACAUUCACCUAUACAGGGCAGACAUGCGCCACCGGCGCCCGCACUCUAUGGCAACUACAAUGGUUCAUUACAUCAUUCGGUGAUCUAUCGACCCAUCUCGGUAGCGGAUGGCGCUGCUGGCGGUGUAACUGGUAACGGUAAUGCUGGUGGUAACUGCAGUACGGAAGCGCAAAAUCUUAGCAUGGACACAAAGGUCUCGCCGCUGAAUAUCGGUUUGGAAGGUUUGCCCGCCUCACCGGCUGGUAUUUCACGUCAGCAGCUCAUCAAUUCGCCGUGUCCGAUUUGUGGCGAUAAAAUUUCUGGCUUCCAUUAUGGUAUUUUCUCGUGCGAAUCGUGUAAGGGCUUCUUCAAGCGUACCGUACAGAAUCGCAAGAAUUAUGUGUGUGUACGCGGUGGUCCGUGUCCGGUUAGUAUUUCGACGCGUAAAAAAUGUCCAGCCUGUCGUUUUGAGAAAUGCCUGCAGAAGGGCAUGAAACUCGAAGCGAUACGUGAAGAUCGUACACGUGGUGGUCGUUCCACAUACCAGUGCUCAUAUACGCUGCCCAACUCGAUGCUGAGUCCGUUAAUGUGUCCGGAGCAGCAGGGUGUGGCGGCGGCGGUUGCGGCAGCUGCAGCGGCAGCGGCUAAUCAGCAACAACAACAGCAUGGACGGUUGGGUGCGCCAAUGGCUCACUCAAUGUCUGCGCAGCAACAACAACAGCACACGUUGAACGGGCUCUCAGGUGGUCUCGGCGCCGGACAAUCCAUAAUCAAGUCGGAGCAAUGCGACGACAGUGGCGCUUCAGCGCGCGCAACAAACAUUCCAACGCUGUUGCAGGAAAUCAUGGAUGUUGAGCACCUGUGGCAAUAUAAUGAAGCAGAAUUGGCACGUCUCAAUCAACCGAUCUCUACAUCGUCUUCUUCCUCUUCCAAUGCAUCUUCGUCUUCAUCAUCCACAGCGUCCGCCGGAGGCGCUCCAACCGGCAAUCCACAAAUGACAAACCCACUACUGGCCAGUGCCGGGUUUGGCAACGGCGAAAACACCAAUCCCGAUUUAAUUGCCCACCUGUGCAAUGUGGCCGAUCAUCGGCUGUAUAAGAUCGUGAAAUGGUGCAAGAGCUUGCCGCUCUUCAAGCAUAUAUCGAUCGACGAUCAAAUUUGCCUGCUCAUCAAUUCGUGGUGUGAGCUGUUGCUCUUCUCAUGCUGCUAUCGCUCGAUCGAUACACCGGGCGAAAUCAAAAUGUCACAAGGCAAGAAGAUCAGCUUGGCGCAGGCGAAAUCCAGUGGCUUACAGGCCUGCAUUGAACGCAUGUUGAACAUGACAGAGAAUUUGCGACGUUUGCGCGUCGAUCGCUAUGAAUAUGUUGCCAUGAAAGUGAUUGUGCUGCUGCAAUCGGACACCAGUGAACUGCACGAGCCCGUCAAGGUGCGUGAAUGCCAGGAGAAGGCGCUGCAGGCCUUACAAGCCUACACGCUUGCGCACUACCCAGACACGCCGUCGAAAUUCGGCGAGUUGCUGCUGCGCAUACCAGAUCUGCAAAAGACAUGCCAGCUCGGCAAGGAAAUGCUCACGAUUAAAUCACGUGACGGCGGUGAUUUCAAUUUGCUGAUGGAAUUGUUGCGCGGAGAGCAUUGACAAAUGUUGUUGCAUAGUGCGUGCAGUAGAGCGCAACAACAACAACAACAACGAGAAGAAGCAGCAAGGGCGUCAACGUAUGCAAAUUGCCAGCUGCUGAAUUGGCAAAGUGCAAUGGAUUUAGCCGCCUGGAAGGCUAUUGGUUGUGCUUAAAAUGGCGGCGAGCGCAUGUUUUACCGUUAGUUUAUCAAAUAUGCCGCUAAUGUUUCUGAAAAAGUUUGCGCAAGCGCAUGAAACAACAAAAUAUACGCGACAUGCCGCGUAAAUAGAACGAAGACAGCUUAAAAUAAAUAAAAAUAUGAAAUGAAAAAAGUUUAUAUUAGUGAAUGUUAGAUAUCUAAGAAUGGCAAACAGUGCGAAAACUAAAAUAUUUUAGCAGUUAUACUACGCAAGAGUAUAACUUUAGUAAUCGAUUGUGCAGUUUUAAAUUAAAAACACAAGUAGUGUCUAACAUUUUAGUAUUUUUUACUAUGCCCAUAAAAAACACCCUAUUUUAAGUAUUUUAAGUGUAUUAAAUUAAGUAACUAGACUUAGCAUCUGAUUACAUAAGUUAGCAUGUAAUUAAAUCAACUUAAAAGAAAAACAAAAGAAACUUGAAUAUGAAAAACAUGUGCCUAAAUGAGUAAACGUUAAAGAAACUGAUAGUAAAAUGCAACAUAUAAAAAGGAAUUAAAGUAUUUUUUUUCGCUGUUUAUUGCUAUAGUAAAUGAGAGUGUGAAAAUUGCGUAUGAAAUUAUGUAUGUAGAAACCUUCCUUUAAGUGGAGUGUGUUCCAUAAGCUUUUGACAGUCACACGCUUGUGCGUGUUUGAAAUUGUGGACCAUAGUAACAGUAAAAUAUUUGCCAAAUUUAUAAAAGAAAACUUGUGUGUAGUGCUUAAGGUUGCAUUUGCAAAGAAAUUUGCAUAAAAAAAAUGAAAAUCGUAAGUGUUAGAGAGCCAGGUUCUUUGUAUGUGUAUACAUGUGUAUGAGAGAGUAAAUUUUUAUGAGCUUGAAAAUUAUUCGCUUUUGAAGAAUUGCAAAA